GUUUCAAUGUCCUUGAUCUUUGUCUACAACUCAGAAACAACCACCCGCAACCAAGCGCAGUGUAGAUGGAAAUCAGUACCCGGAGUAAGUUCCCGCAUGCCCCCGUAUUUGCCGCUCUCAUCGCCGCUUCCGCGUAUACGAAAGUGAGAACAUCCCAAUCCCAAAAAGCUUUUCACACGUGGUUUCCAAUUGACCUUGGCGUCUGACCUUGCACACCGAAAAGCGACGAAACGUUCUGGGAACCGCACGGUCGCAAGCGACUGGAAGAGUACUUUAGUGUGCAACUCUCCGCGUCCACCUUCGAUCAAACGAACGGGACACUUGGCAAUCAAGCAACACUCCUCCGACUUGCGCGCCAGGAGGGUGCUGCUAUCAUGGUCCAGCUAAAUUCCAGUUUUAACGAGGGAGGUCCGCCCUUCUCUUCAUGGCACAGUAAGGGCAACGGGUUUGGCAAGGUUUGCAGAAGUUACGUCGACGAUCCGUGCAUUGUGAAGCAAGGUACUUACUUAUUCCCGAUAUUUUUGUUCUCGCCGGCGUGACAAAGAAAAUCGUACGGUAAUUCAAGGGAAAUGGUUGUUGCGAUUUUGCACUUGCUGCAGACUAUCAUGCACCAUCUCGCAUCUCGUCUUUCACUUUCUCUAGGUCGCGCAACCCCCGGUGGACCGAACUACUACCGAGAGAGCCGACUGUUUCUCGGGAAGUGGGAAAAGGGGCCGCACGCAAAAAUUGGUUCAGAAAAGCGAAACGAAUAUGGCAUGGAUCCCGAAAGCCGGAGCAAACCAGGACCAGACCACUACGGCGAUGUGUCCAAGAAGUUUUCCGCAAUAAGAAAAGACAUCGUCAUAAAAGACCUUAAAAUCAAGCCAAGGUAAUAUUGACGUGCUGAUAAAUUGUUUUUGUUCUUUCUUCGGCGGAUGAGCCUAGUUUGGCCAUGCAUGGCAGCAUCAUGCGCUAUUUUUCUUCUGCAAUGUCCCAUGCAAAUAAAAACUCUAGGUUUCCAAGUAUCGAGGAGAAGACGGCAGGUAACCCGAGACACAGCGGUCCCGGUCCGGCGAAAUACGAUACGAGGUAUAGCGCGGGCGACGGGGGCCUGCAGCGAGGGUCGGGUAACCCAAAAUGGACGAUCCCAGCUAAGUACUUGGACAAUUCGAAACUGAACGAGGAUAUGAACUGCAAAAAUGUCUGGGUCUGGAAGAUUGCAACUUGUCAUGCUGUUUUUGGACUCUAAAAAAAUUUGUAUUGCAUGACCAGCAAGAGGGGCACAGUUUUUGCUACACGGACAGGGCAUUUCUCAUGCCGAAGGUGCAUCAGGAAGCCCUCUAGAAGUCUGCAAUGCUAGGUCAUGUAUUACAGGCAUCAUGGGUCAUGAGAAAGAUGCAUGACAAAUCUUGCAUUCUUCCAGACCCAGACAUUUUUGCAUUUGAUAGAGGAAGAGGGAAAGCCAGGUCCGGGACGGUACAACGUCGCAGGGAAGCCAGGAAAAAACUACCCGAUCAAACACGGGACACUGUAUUGCAUGUUACUGUUUGGCAUGCGGAUUAUGCUCGACGGGACGCAUAUAUGCAAAACAAGUUCUCUAGCGCCAAUUGCAAUGCAUCAACUCAAAAAACAGGUAUGAUAUCACGAUUUCGACGAAAUUUGACUCGAACGACGAUCCGCGUCAGAAGGGCCCAGGACCUGGAGCGUACUUCUUAGUUCACUUGUUUUUCUCAAUACCAUUUCCCAGAAUGCGUUUGCACUUUCUUCCUCCGCCAGCAAUAAGAACAGCACAACUUCUCUGGUCCAGUUUGUUUGUGAGCCUACAACAGUAAUUAUUAUUAUAGCUAAUAUCCGACAUUCUUCUCAACCUCAGGUAUCGCAUCCGAUCUAUAUUCGAGGCGCAUCACUAAGGAAGACGCGUUUCUGGAGUAACUGAAAGCACUAUACCUAAUUGAUGACAAAUGUCCUUUACGGACGAAGAAAACCGAAGUAUCGAAACAAUGAACACGGCUCUGGAGCUCCUUCUAAACUCUGUCGAUUGUACUAGCUUUGUGUACUAAGAACGAACACCCCAACAACCUGUAAAUGCGCUUUCUGAGGAAUGAAGUUUCGCGACAGCUCGCGAACAGAAGCAAAAAUGUAUCACGAGGAGAAAGGAAU